AUGCUUGCAACCACGACAGCCGGCGCUUACUAUUAUUUCUCCAAUAACUAUUUAAACAAGACCCAAAAUCGUGCUUUUGCGGAUGCUGCAGAGGCUCCCAAAGCUUUUAGUCCAGAAGAGUUUCGUUCAUUCACGCUCACCGAAGCCCACCCGUAUAAUCACAACACCAGCGUGUUUCGAUUCAAGCUUCCAUCCGAUCAGCAUGUUACAGGUCUUCACGUUGCCUCUUGCGUAAUUACGCGAUAUCCCUUCAAGAAGAAAGAUGGAAGUACGGGAUAUAUCAUUCGGCCAUAUACACCAACAUCUCAUGAAGAGGAACAAGGGUUUGUAGAAUUUAUCAUCAAGGAUUACCCGCAAGGAAAAAUGAGCAAGCACAUUCAUAGUUUGAAUCCCGGUGACACAUUGGAGAUCAAGGGACCUAUCCCAAAGUACAACUGGGAUCAAGGCAAAGUCUCAGAUGUGGGCAUGAUCGCAGGUGGUACUGGAAUCACACCCAUGCUUCAAGUGAUCCGCAAGAUCUUUGACACAAAUUCCAAAGAUGACAAGACAAAGGUGACCUUGAUUUUCACCAACCAAACAGAAGACGAUAUUUUGCUACGAGAAGAGCUGGAUGGAUACGCAAAGAAAUAUCCAAACCGUUUCAAGGUUGUUUAUGGAUUGGAUCGUCCACCCGCCAAAUGGGGAGGACACACUGGUUUUGUCAGCAAGGAGUUGAUCAAGAAGAAUCUGCCCGCGCCGUGCACGCCUGACUCGGUCAUUUUCGUAUGCGGUCCAGAUCCAAUGCUUGCUGCCGUGGCUGGUGCAAAGGCUCCUGAUAAAAGCCAAGGCGAACUGGGUGGUGUUUUGAAAGAAUUGGGUUAUGGACAAGACCAUGUGUAUAAAUUCUAA